AUGAAUAACUACUCGUUUCUCGACAGCAGCACUCCCAACGGCAUGCCGCGCGCGCCGCCCGUAGCGUCACCCUCACAGGCGGGGCUCAACGGCGCGGCGCAGCAGAACGGCAUCCCCAUGGUCAACGGCCUGCCCAGCGGCGGCCAGCAGACGGACAUGAACCACCUUUGGGCCGUCGUGCAGCAGCUCGCGCAGCAGCUCGAGGAGAACAAGGCGCAGACGCAGAGCGUGCUUGGCGGCGUCGCGGCGCUGCAGGGCCGGCUCGUCGACGACAGCGCCAGCGGCAGCGCGGGGGGUGCAGAGAGCUUGACAGCAGCAGCGAGCAUGGCCGAGCGCGCGGCGCUGCAGGCCCGCGUCGCGACGCUGGAAGCGCACACGGACGCCGCGGCCGCGCACACGCAUGCCCUCACAGCCCUCGUCACGGACUACGAAAACGCACUCACGCUCCUCCUCGACAAACUCAGACCCUACGCCUACACGCACACGUCCUCGAUCCUCGCGCUGCACAAGCACUACCACGCCCUGCUCGACCACGAGCGCAACACGUCCAUGCAGCUGCGCCUCGAGCACGUUGAGUGGCAGGCGGGCCUGGGGCGGGUUGCCGAGUAUGCGCGGGCGGCGCUGAAGGUGCAGAGGCAGGGCGAGGAGGGCAUGGUUGGCGAGAUUCGGGCGUUGAAGGAGGAGAAUCGUGUGCUGAGACAGCUGGCGGGGUGGGAGGAGAGGGCGGACAGCAGUGACGAGGAGAGGGCCGAGUAG